UCAUCUAAGUUUACCAGAAUUAAUAGAACUGAACCGUUCAACUGAACAUGUCAUGAUUAGUGAUCAAUGCAAAAGGUAAAUACCCGUUGGAGACGGAUCUUUUCUAAGCUUUUCUACCGGCCGACCUGUAGGUACGUGACUGGGACCCGCAAGGUCGGUGGUUCGAUCCCCGGUGUAGCCACAAUAAGAUCCACACAGCCGUUGGGCCCUUGAGCAAGGCCCUUAACCCUGCAUUGCUCCAGGGGAGGAUUGUCUCCUGCUUAGUCUAAUCAACUGUAAGUUGCUUUGAAUAAAAGCGUCAGCCUAAUGACAUGUAAUGUAACGUGAGCUGGUUUCUGUUAUCAUUCCUAAGCCAGAUGACAUCUUUGAUUAGAAGUGAUUAGAGGGGGCACUCAAUGGGACUCAAUGGGACUCAAAAAGCUCCCUAAAUGGUAAAUGGUUGGCAUUUAUAUAGCGCCUUUAUCCAAAGCGCUGUACAAUUGAUGCUUCUCAUUCACUCAUUCAUACACACACUCACACACUGACGGCGAUUAGCUGCCAUGCAAGGCGCCGACCAGCUACUACUUUAUGCCAAACCUGUCAUAUGCCAUAAUUCCAGCGAUGACAACUAAACAGAAAAAAGAGGGGAAACUAUCUGUGUGCUUCACUAUUCGGGUGCUAUAGUAAACUAAUAAACUAAUGGUCACUUAAUUUGGGUAGUUUAGAUUUAAUCACGUAACUAACUCGCUAACGUUAUGUCCUAUUUUCCUGUUCUAUAGCUCCGUCUCCCUAUGCUGUCCCUGAUUGCUUGCUUCGUUUCAGCGAAGUAAGGUACAUGACUAGGACCCGGAAGGUUUGUGUUUCAAGCCCCAGUGUAGCCAUGAUAAAAUUCCACAGCUGUUGGGGCCCUUGAGGGCACUGCUCCAGGGGGGAUUGUCCCCUGCUUAGUCUAAUCCACUGCAAGUCACUUUGGAUAAAAGCAUCAGCUAAAUGCCAAAUUAUGAAAUGCAAUGACAGAUCUAAUAGCACUGGCCUUUGACCUAUUAUCUUUCUGCUGGAACAGUGCUGGUCAUUAUUCUCAUCUGAGGUGUUGCCAGUUCACAUCGUGCACUGAAGCCUUCUGGGACUCGCAUGAAAGCAGGAUGCCUGUUUUGCGAAAAAACAACACGCCACGGCCACCGCUGCUCCGGUGCUGUAGCGUGAUAAAGGCCGAGGCAAGAAGAAAACGCCGUCAUUACGAGCGGCUGUGCUCUGUGUGUCUGUGUCGCCAUGCCAACAGAAUACCACUUCCUUAGAGCGUCGUGCAGAGCACGAUCCGGCCCGGGUGGGCUGCUGCGUCUGCUGGUCUCGGGCCUGUUUUUCACAUCUGUGAGUCAGUGCGAGCGGUUUCUCGGCUCUGGAAACCACACGCCUCGUUCUCAAGGCCCGCGGAAGGAAACUACACUGCAGUCCUCCAGGCUGAAAAUGUUCUAGGGAGUCUUCCAGAACCACGAGAGGCAGCGCUCAUCGCCGGAAGCGAAACGUGGAGAAGUUGUGAAGUUCUCUGGGGCGAAGGGUGAGAGCGCACGGCGGGAGUCCAUUAGAGCCGGCUCAUCAGUGCUCGACGUCACAACAUCAGGCUGUUUUUCUCACCAAUCAACUGCAGCCAAUCACAUGUCGGGGCUCUGGACAAAAAACACGGUGAAACACAUUUUGGCCGACCACGUCAAGUGUCCCCCAUGCAGGUAGAGACACAGAAAAGAAUUUGGUGCCGAAAUCUGAGAAUGCUGUGACUGCCUGGACCGAGCCCCCCGCUCCGUGGCAGGCUGGUACGAGUGGUGCUUGUUCCACCCCUGGUUCUUCAGUGCCGUGCUGAUGAACUGUAGUACCUGAUCCUGCCAGAGGGUGGUGCUGAUGAGCAGAAAAGUUCACUGGCAAGUGAUGCAGCCAUUUCCCACCAUGAAGAAGAGAACGAUGGAAGACUCCGGUUUGGCACACAUGAAAAUGAACCUCAAUAACAUCAUUCAGGUACGUAUUACACUCAUGGCACUUGAUGGAGUAUCACUUUGGUCUGUCAUUUAGUGUGAAACAGUCUGAAUGGCAGAAUCGUUACCGUCAAAUAAUAAUCUUUAUUUUUAUACUGUAGCACUUUUCAAAACAAACAAAGUGCUUUACACAGAUGGAAUUAAAAGGAAAACGCAUGAACAUGAUUUAACCCAUUCUUUUAUCCAGCAGCAGUGUACAUGUGGCUGAGAUUUACAAUGUGAUUUCUCUUGUGUACGUUUUUUAUUUUUUUUUUACAAAAAAAUGUAUUACAGUAUCUUCUGUAUAACUGAUUUAUUUCCAGGCAAAUUGGCAGUGCUGUUACCACAAAAAUUAAUUUAAAACACAAAAUUAAAUUGACCCCUCAGAGUACUGAUUUUAUGAUGAUUCGCUCAAGUGCAGAUAGGGAAGAGGAAGUCAACUGACCCAAGGAAGUAAACUUCGAGUGUGUGUGUGUGUGUUAGUGAGUGUGCGUGUGUGUGUGUGUGUGUGUGUUCGUGAGAGUCCGUGUGUGUGUGCUCGCACAUAUAUGUGUGCUUGUGUGUGUACAUCUCCGACCACUUCACCAUGAAGACACUCUGUGGCCACGUCUUCCUGUUCGGACUUCUGUGCCAUCUGUUCCCAGUGGCCCGCCCCGGCCGCAUCGUGUACGGCUUCAUCGGGCGGAGCGUCACCCUGCCGUGCCGGUACGACGCCGGUUACUAUGGCGCCCUGCACAUGUGCUGGGGGCGGGGCUACGUGCCGAGCAGGGGCUGCAACAACGAGGUGGUGUCCACGGACGGCCGGGCGGUGACCUACAGCCAGUCGCGCAGGUACGUCCUGCUCGGGCGCCUGUCCUCCGGGGACGUCUCCCUCACCAUCCGGGACACCGUCGGCAGCGACGCCGGGAUCUACGGGUGCCGCGUGCACAUCCCGGGGCUGUUUAACGACCAGAAGGAGGCGGUCCACCUGAUCCUGACCGCAGCACCUCCUACAACAAAAGCUCCUACUACAACUACAACAGAAGAUCCUUCUACAACUACAACAGAAUAUCCAACAACAACACAAGCUCCUACUACAACUACACCAGAAGAUCCUUCUACAACUACAACAGAAGAUCCAACAACAACAGAAGAUCCAACUACAACAGAAGAUCCUACUACAACAGAAUAUCCUACUACAGUAGAAGAUCCUAUUACAACAGAAACUCCUGUGCCCACAGAGAGAGAGACCACUGAAAGUCCAACUACAGACAUUUCUACAUCCUAUUGGCCGGCUGACCCAGAAACUACAGACACACUGACCACAGAUACGCCCACAGAAGGUGACUGGUACUAUUCGACGGAAAGUCCAACUGUGGAGCAGACCUCUGAGAACUCCACCUGGUUGGGUCUGAAGGCGCUGAUCCCCGGCCCCUAUCUGCUUUGGAGUCUGGCUUCGGCCCUGGUCUUGCUGGCGGUUGUGGCGGCUGCAGUCGGCGCACACAUACGAAAGAAGCAGAAAGCAGGCAGUUUUAAGAUCAGACCGUGGGAGACCAGCGGCUCCACGCUCCUCGCGACCCCUGACCCCCUCCUGGAGAUGGACACCAGGAAGAUGGAGAUGAAGAACAUGGUCCAGGUGGAGGAGGACGAGAAUGCCGAAGAACGAUGCCCCUGACGGGAUCAGGAGACGAAGACUCAAGCGAUUAUUCUCCUACGACCGUCAAUUUCAUCCAUGUUCCUCUCCAAAAAUGUCCCAAUGUAGCAUUGGGUUUGCUGAAGCCUCAAAGUAUAUAAAUCAAUCAUUUGUUAUUUAGCUGACGUUUUUAUCCAAAGCUACUUGCAGGUGAUUAGGCUUGGUGGGGGACGAUCCCCCCUGGGCCAAUGUGGGGAUAAGGGCCUUGCACAAGGGCCCAACAGCUCUACUGAUCUUAUUGUGGCUACCCCGGGACUUGAACCACCAACCUCCCAGAUUCCCUUCAUGUAGCUUAACCACCAGGCCACAGUCAGCCCCCAAGUCCACUAUGGGGCACAUUUUUUUUCCCAGCAAGGUACAGCAAAUCUAAAGAGGAACUGAUCCCGAACUCUGACCUGGUUGAGUUUUGGUGUAAACGAGAGUACUUUUGCAAUUAUAAGCAAACUGAGAAAACAUUCAUUCAUGUAGCAAAUUCAGAGCACAAGAAUUUGGUCUCUGUUUACCCCCCACCUCUGACAUAUGCAUGGUUGGUAUUAGCCUUUGUCGUUGUUGUACGAGUCUACUCACUAAUGAACAGUAUAAUUAUGCUGAUAUGAUUAUAUAUUCACAUAAGUAUAACGUGAUUAUGGCAAGAGAUUGUGAAGAAAACAGACUUGAGUACAGCCAAGACACCCCACACUUCAAGAUCAAGUUCUGUGGUUGAACAUAAUAAUAAUAAUAAUAAUAAUAAUAAUAAUAAUCGACUGCAAAGAAGAUGAGAAACACUCGUCUGCUGUAGAAAAUAAUCUUUGAUAACUAUUGGAAUUCCAAGAUUCAGUGCUUUGCUUGGUUUUCUUUGAAGAAGAAGAAAAAGCUUCAUGAAAAAUGCCAAUCAUAUUGAGCACAUGUCAGCAGAUUUGAUUUGCUUAAUGACAUUUUAUGAGCUUUUCCGCAAUCAAAUGAAAUCACAUCAUUUAAUUCCGAUGAUUACAUUUAAUUAAGUCAUUGACUCUAAUCCAUGGAACCUAUGUAGAAAUGUUAAAACCUGUUGUCCCGUUGAAUCAUUGAGAUGGAUGAAUGGAUGAGAAAGAAUGGGUGAUUCUGAUGGCUAAAUAGCUGUUCUCAGGUUUUCUUAGAGGGAAACAGGCCUUAAACCUUAAAAGAUUCAGUUCCUCUUUUAUUGGUUAUUCAGAAAUAAAAGUAAAAGUGUUUCAGUA